GAGAAACAGCCGUAAUUAUGUGCGUGGCUGUGCGGGGAACAUCAUACAUGCGCAUUUGGCGCUAUUUAUGCAGCUGAAUUAGCCAUGAAGCUAACGUACACCUCCUGAAUCCGGCAGCUCGUGUGGACGACACAAAACAACCUAUUUUUAUUAUCAUAAAAGUGUAUUUUUUAAAUAAAAAAAACAACAACAACAAAAAAAUAAAACACGCUGCGUAGGGAGGAGAAUAGAAUAAGUAAGUAAAUAAAUACGUAGAUUGAAACAAGUGAUUAAAGCAAACAGAAGGGGGGAAAAAGGAGAAAGAGAAAGAUUUGUCAUCUCGUAUUCAGGCCUGAUCUGAUCUGGUGCCGGGACCUGGAGUUUAAACACAAGCCGGAGCGCAGAGAUGACUGUGAACCUGGACAAGGAGGCCUACUAUCGCCGGAUUAAACGACUGUACGGGAACUGGAAGAAAGCUGAAGAUGAGUUUGGGAAGGUGGAUGCCAUCGUGGUGUCUGUAGGAGUGGAUGAAGAGAUUGUGUACGCCAAGUCCACUGCCCUGGAGACAUGGCUGUUUGGCUACGAGCUGACGGAUACCAUAAUGGUGUUCUGCGAGACCAAGAUUAUUUUCUUAGCCAGCAAGAAGAAGCUGGAUUUCCUCAAACAGGUCGCAGUCACGAAAGGAAACGAGAACGCCAACGGCAUCCCGCCCGUCACGCUCUUGGUUCGAGAAAAGAACGAAAGUAACAAGGCAAACUUUGAGAAGAUGAUCGAAGCGAUCCGAGGCAGUAAAGCGGGGAAAACAGUGGGUGUCUUCAUAAAGGACAAGUUUCCCGGAGAGUACAUGAAAAGCUGGAACGACAUGCUCACAGCCGAGGGACUAGAGAAGGUGGACAUCAGUGCAGUCGUGGCGUAUACAAUGGCAGUAAAGGAGGACGGAGAGCUGACGCUGAUGAAGAAAGCAGCCUCGAUCACCAGCGACGUCUUUACAAAGUUUUUUAAGGAAAGAGUUAUGGAGAUUGUGGAUGCAGAUGAGAAAGUGAAACACAGUCGGCUAGCAGAGUCAGUCGAGAAGGCAAUCGAGGACCGGAAAUUUUUGGGUGGUGUCGAUCCAUCUACCGUGGAGAUGUGCUAUCCUCCGAUCAUCCAGAGCGGUGGUAACUACAGCCUCAAAUUCAGUGUGGUCAGUGACAAAAAUCACAUGCAUUUUGGCGCAAUAACAUGUGCGAUGGGUAUCCGCUACAAGUCCUACUGCUCUAACCUCGUGCGUACGCUCAUGGUGGAUCCGCCGCAGGAAAUGCAGGACAAUUACAAUUUCCUCCUACAAGUGGAAGAGGAGCUUCUUAAAGAGCUUAAGCAUGGGGUUAAAAUCUGCGAUGCUUACAACGCUGUCAUGGAGUAUGUCAAGAAGGAGAAACCAGAUGUUAUCAGCAAGCUCACAAAAAACUUGGGGUUUGUUAUGGGGAUCGAAUUUAGGGAAGCCUCCCUGGUUCUGAAUACUAAAAACCAAUACAAACUUAAGAAAGGCAUGGUGUUGAGCGUGAGUCUGGGAUUUGCUGACCUGUUGAACAGCGAGGGAAAGAAAGAGGAACAGAAGAAAUACGCCCUGUUUGUUGGAGACACGGUUCUGAUCAACGAGGAGGAACCAGCCGUCAUUCUAACACCGGUGAAAAAGAAGAUCAAGAACGUUGGAAUUUUCCUCAAGAAUGAUGAUGAGGAUGAUGAAGAAGAAGAAGACAACGAUGCUGAAGAACUGCUGGGUAAAGGAGCUCGUGCUGCUCUUCUGGCUGACCGGACCAGGAACGAGAUGACCGCAGAAGAAAAGAGACGAGCACACCAAAGGGAAUUGGCCAAUCAGAUGAACGAAGAGGCCAAGAGACGCCUAACAGAACAAAAGGGUGAACAGCAGGUCCAAAAGGCCAGAAAGUCUAAUGUGUCCUACAAGAAUGUUUCCCAGAUGCCUCGUGAGAAGGACAUUCGGGACAUGAAGCUCUAUAUCGACAAGAAGUACGAGACGGUUGUCAUGCCGGUGUUUGGCAUAGCAACACCCUUUCACAUCGCCACCAUUAAGAACAUCAGCAUGUCAGUCGAGGGAGACUACACGUACCUGAGAAUAAAUUUCUUCGUACCUGGCAGCUCUCUGGGGAGGCACGAGGGCAACAUCUUCCCCAACCCUGAGGCCACCUUUGUUAAAGAGAUUACGUACCGGGCCUCAAACCUGAAAUCUCCUGGGGACACUUUGGUCCCUUCCACCAAUCUGCAAAAUGCCUUCCGUAUAAUCAAAGAGGUGCAGAAACGCUACAAGACGCGUGAGGCAGAGGAGAAGGAGAAAGAAGGCAUCGUCAAGCAGGAUUCGCUAGUUGUCAACUUGAACCGCAGUAACCCUAAGCUCAAAGACCUUUACAUCCGGCCCAAUAUUGCUCAGAAGAGGAUGCAGGGCUCGUUGGAGGCACACACCAACGGUUUCCGUUUCACAUCGGUACGCGGCGAUAAAGUGGACAUCCUGUACAAAAACAUCAAGCAUGCCGUGUUCCAGCCAUGCGAUGGAGAAAUGAUCAUCGUAUUGCAUUUUCACCUCAAGAACGCCAUCAUGUUUGGGAAAAAGCGCCACACGGAUGUACAGUUUUACACCGAGGUGGGAGAGAUCACAACAGACCUGGGCAAACACCAACACAUGCACGACCGAGACGACCUGUACGCCGAGCAGAUGGAGCGCGAAAUGAGACACAAACUCAAGUCGGCAUUUAAGAACUUCAUCGAGAAAGUCGAGACGCUUACCAAGGAGGAGCUUGAGUUCGAAGUGCCCUUCAGAGAUCUUGGGUUUCAAGGCGCCCCGUACAGAAGCACUUGUCUUCUGCAACCUACGUCUAGUGCACUGUGCAAUGUGACUGAGUGGCCUCCUUUCGUAGUGACGCUGGACGAAGUGGAACUUGUCCAUUUUGAGCGUGUUCAGUUUCAUCUAAAGAACUUUGACAUCGUCAUCGUCUACAAAGACUACAACAAGAAAGUAACGAUGAUCAACGCAGUGCCGGUCAACUCUCUCGACCCAAUUAAAGAGUGGCUCAACUCAUGUGACAUCAAGUACACUGAAGGAGUUCAGUCACUGAACUGGACCAAGAUCAUGAAGACCAUCGUUGAUGACCCUGAGGGCUUUUUUGAACAGGGUGGCUGGUCCUUCCUUGACCCUGAGAGUGAGGGAAGUGGUGGAGAGGACGACUCAGAGUCUGAGAUGGAAGACGAGACAUUCAACCCCUCAGCUGAUGAAGAGGAGGAGGAGGAGGAAGACAGCGAUGAAGAUUACUCUUCUGAGACGGAAGACUCUGACUACAGUGCAUCACUGGGAAGUGAAGAAGAAAGUGGCAAAGACUGGGAUGAACUGGAGGAAGAGGCCAGAAAAGCUGACAGAGAAAGUCACUAUGAGGACGACGAUACUUCAAACAGAAAGAGGAAGGGCCGAUCCUCAGCAGCACCUCCCAGCAGCAAGAAGAAGCGGCGGCGUUAGAACUACUUUAAACACACACACUCACCCACACUGCCAAAUUGUGCUCUCUCUAACCCUUCCCUCAGUCUCUCGGUCACGCACGCUGUAUAUAAAGGUUUCUGCCCUUUAGUCGUGUUGGAUAGUGAGUGUUGAAGAAAUGAUGCAGAGAGCAGAAAGACUCCAGACCUAUUUCUUACCUUUUUAUUCCUGUUUGGCAUUGUGUGUGUGUGUGAGUGUACAUAAGAGGUUUUCUUGUAAAUUUCCUCAAGCUCUUUUUGUUACUCAUAGAGCGAUUAAGUCUCUUUCUCUCUCUCGUUUUUGCCCCUUCCAUGUGUUUUCAUUAGAUUACUCUUUCCAUUUGUCACGUUGUCCUUUCAACUCGUUUCAUACUUAAGGAACAGCUUGAAUAUAAGAUUGUGUAUAGUUUCAUUUUGAUUCCUGAAUUGAAAGAGGGACGACAAAGAGGUGGACACGGACGACCAAUUUACAGACGUGGUGUGAACACUUUCUUUUGUUAUUACCAUUUUCUUUGUUUUGAACUGGUAGUCUUGUAUUAUUAGAUAAAAAUCUUUUUUUCCCCCUUUUUUUAAUAAAAUAAAUAAAAAUAAAUAAAUAAAAGUCUUAA